GCAACCCCCUCCGAGACGCGCGCGAGGCGGGAGGCGGUGCUGAGGCUCUGAGGCCGCGGGCAGCUUUGACGCCGGGACUGUCCAGCGAGCGAGCGAGCCAGCGAGCGAGCCAGCGCGGCGGGAACCCGCAGCCACAGCAGCCCCACAGCCGCAGCCGCAGCUGCAGCCGCCGUCCGCGGAGCCCAGCCCAGCCGGCCAUGGCUCUGUCGAUGCCCCUGAACGGGUUGAAGGAGGAGGACAAAGAGCCCCUCAUCGAGCUCUUCGUCAAGGCCGGCAGCGAUGGAGAAAGCAUAGGAAACUGCCCCUUUUCCCAGAGGCUCUUCAUGAUUCUGUGGCUCAAAGGAGUUGUGUUCAGUGUUACAACUGUUGACCUGAAAAGGAAGCCUGCAGAUCUACAGAACUUGGCUCCCGGGACCCACCCACCAUUUAUAACCUUCAACAGCGAAGUCAAAACGGAUGUAAAUAAGAUUGAGGAAUUUCUUGAAGAAGUCUUGUGCCCCCCGAAGUACCUAAAGCUUUCACCAAAACACCCGGAGUCAAAUACUGCUGGGAUGGACAUCUUUGCCAAAUUCUCUGCUUACAUCAAGAACUCAAGGCCAGAGGCGAAUGAAGCGCUGGAGAGGGGGCUCCUGAAGACACUGCAGAAACUGGAUGAGUAUCUGAAUUCUCCCCUCCCUGACGAAAUUGACGAGAACAGUAUGGAGGACAUCAAGUGUUCCACACGCAGAUUUCUGGACGGCGACGAGAUGACGCUAGCAGACUGUAACCUGCUGCCCAAGCUGCACAUCGUCAAGGUGGUGGCCAAAAAAUACCGCAACUUUGAUAUUCCUAAAGGAAUGACAGGCAUCUGGAGAUACCUGACAAAUGCCUACAGCAGAGAUGAGUUCACCAACACCUGCCCCAGCGACAAGGAGGUGGAAAUCGCAUACAGUGAUGUCGCCAAGAGACUCACCAAGUAAACAGCACCUUUGAGAGAGAUGCCUUCAGAUUCCCCCAGAAUACGCUUUCCUAACAGACUGCUCUGCCUCCUCUAAAGUAGAAAUGUAUUUUGCAUGAACAUGCAGUUACUCAAGACUAGGAUUAAAGGUAGACAAAGUGUAGUAGUUAUCUCCAAUACACACUCCUAAGCAGUAUUAUUCUAAAAUCCUCUGCCCGGCCCACCUGUCCCGCCCGUCUGCUCUCCUCCAGUUCAGAGGCACUCCACCACAAGCUCGUCACACGAGAGGCAGUUUGCCAUCCCUCUGGAGCCCCGACCGUCACGUCCAUCCACUGUGUAGAUGGCAAACUUGAGGUCCAGUGGUCAACCAUUAGAAUAGUAGCCGUGACGUCAGUGGGCCCACGCUGGUGUGUGGUGCAUGGUACAAAGAAUAUUUAUGUAUUGGGGAGAAUUGUAAUAUUGAGUAAGGAAUAUGGGCGGAUUACUACUGUGUUGGACAUACUAUUUCAGUGUCGUCUGCCCUGGAGUGUGCUGGAGGGUGUUGCUGUCUGGGAAACUGCCUUCCAUAGAGAGACUGCUAGGUUCUUGGUAGAUACUUAAUUUUGCCCAAAUGUGUCCUUUGUAUAAAUUGUAACAUCCGAUACUAUGUAGAAACAGAAAGACUGAGGGCUGGGAAGACAUUCUCAAAAUGCUAAGAGAAGAUGGGUGGGUUCUCUAUUAUGUUGUCUUAGAUACAUUUACAACAGUACAGUACAGCUGCCUGCCUUGGCACAGGUCUCUCUGUCGUGUGCCCCCCCCCCCCCCCCCCCCCCCCCCCCCCCGCUUGGGAUGGAACCCAGGGCUUUGUGCUUUGUGUAGGCCUGACAAGGCUCUGUCCCCCACCUCCCUCUUGUACAAAGCUCCUUUCUUGGGUGACCCUGUAUCUUCCUGUCUUUGAGCAGCACUGCAUAGCUGAUACUCACCUGCUGCAGCUUGGUAACUAGCAUGUGAACCACUCAGAAGUUAUUCGGGUUCAGGGUCAGCUUAUUGAAAUGUCAAGUACACGUUACUCCUAAAGCAGACUCUCUGGAGGGGUGUGAGGAAUGCAUCAUCCAGCCCAUCUUAAACUCCCAUUCCCCCUCCAUUUGCAUUAGACCGAGGGGGAGGCCGUCACUUCUCUUGGGAUAAAUUGUGGUUGUCAUAGUGGUGUGUAUUUCCCACAGCUUUGCCUAGUGUCCACUGCCACAAUGAGGACUAGCACUGUUUCAUUCUUGCUGUGUGUGUUGAGAUAAGAUGUUACUCUGAAGCCCUGGUUGGCCUGGAACGUGUUGAGUGACCCGGGCUGGCCUCAAAGUUGUGGCCAUCCUGCCCUUUCCUCCUGAGUGUUGGGAUUGUGAGUGUGCACCAUCACGCCUGUCUUUUUUCCUCCUUCUUAAACAAAGUCUAAGCUGAAAGUUGUUUGUAGUUUAACAAAGGAGAGUGAGUUUGGUAACAGGAGACGUUUGCUGUGUAUUUACUGUCCUCUCACCCACCCCAACAAAGUGGGCUUUCUGAGCGGUCCUCCAGAGCCUGGAUGUGACUGUACUGCAGUUUUGAUGAUUGCUCCUCACAGGCUUUCCGCCCCACAGUACGCGGCCGCUUCAAGGUAGCCUGCUUUCCCCUUUGGUGUGCAGACAGUAAAUAAAUGCCGACUCUGCGGAAGCAUUCUGACUCCUAAGAGGCCCCCUUUUAAAACUUCCCAGUAAUUGCCCUAGCAGGGGACAAGGGAAGCUUUGCAGUGCAUCCCUGUGGCUCAGGGAGAUGCCUCUGCCACAGCUUUCACCCGUAGUGCGGAUCAGGUGUGAGCACCCACCACUGUGCAAACUCUGGGUGGUGAGGUGUCUGGUUCCAGGGGGAGGCACUGUCUUUUCUCCUUUGAGAAAUGACCCUGCAGUGUCUCCAUAGGCAGAAAUGUCCCAACUUUACAUAGUGACAGCUUGUCCUCGGGUAGGAUUGCAUCUUUCAUGAGGAAGAUUCUGGAAAAUGAAUACCUGUUCUUUCUGUAAGUGGAUGCAGUGAGGGCUUCUCACACCAGAGGUUGUGCAGGACAGUGAAGAGGACAGGCUGAAACUGGCGGAGAUGCCCACCCUUGGUGUUUAUUCUCAGUGGCUUCCUAAUUUGCCUCAUGGUUGCUCUUGCUGUCUCUGGAUGUCCAAGGAAGGGAAGCCUGCCUUGGUUUUGGCCAAGGCAGAAUUGUUUUUCUCUGUAGAAAGAUACAUUUAGUUUGUAUGAAGGAAGUCAGACAGGUUUGAGAUUGGCAAUGGACAGAAGCUGGAAAAAGGAAGGCCUGCAGCGAACACCCACCACUCCAUCUGUGCAAAGAUCGUGGCUUAAAACCUGGAGAUUUGAAACGUGCCAAUGUGGAGGUUCCCGUGCAGUUGAUGCAGUGUGUGAGUACAGGAGUCACCUAGUCUCACGUCCACACUAGUGACUCAUCCCUCCUCCGUGUUUAACCUCCUUUCCUUACCAGCCCUCCCCGGGGAGGCGGGGUUCUGACGGAGUCUCCCUAUUUUCCAGUGGAUACUGAGAAACUAUUAAACAGUGGGAAUGCCCACUAUUCUAAUUCCUCCUGUAACUUCCUUUGUUCUGUAGAUACAGAUUUUCAAUGCAAGCAAAUAAGACUUUCUCAGUGGCAUUAGCUUUCAUAGCUCUAAACUCCUGAGCAAUUGCAUACCAUGAAGAGAUGCUGAGUGAUUUGUACCCUAGGUGGAUCGGCUCUAGAAUGUAGGCAUUUAUACUUUGGCAGAGUUAUUCUGGAAUCUUGCCCGAGUUGCAUGUAGAUAGGAUUUAUUUCUUCAUAUUUAAACUCAUUUAGGAAAUAUCUACAAAGUAAAAAUGAGGGGAAGUAGAAAUUAUUUUUUAGUGAAGAUUUUGGUUCACACCUCAAGUUGUAAAGGACUCACCAGUUUCUUCGGCUGGCAAUAGUCGACAUUUGGUUCAGAGAGAGCGCGUUUGUUAGUGAAACUCACAGUGGACUUCUAAAGGUUCAUCUUUACAAUUAUCAAAGUGUGUGGAAAAAAUUUAAGUCCCAAGCCAUAAAAAUUCAGCACCCAAGCCAUAAUGCUGACCAGACAGGAUUGGAGUAUUUGUUUAUAGAGUCCCUUGGUAGGAAUGAAAGCUCAUUACAGAAUUCUUGCAUUUUCUUUCUUCUCUCUGGAACAUCAACACCAGUAGAUUGCUGGCAGCUAUUGUAUUAAAAAAGUAAAUAAAUAUAUUUUCACUAUCAAAA